UGAUCGAUUAACAGCCAAAUAUCGGUACAGCACAUUUCAGGCGUGAUAUCAUAUAUGUAUAGUUUGCUAUAGUUGUUACAACAGAAUCUUAGGCUCAUUAUUUCAGUGAUAACCGAUUGCUGAUGGAAUCCAAUGUUAGUAACAGCACAUUGUGCUAUUGGUUGAUCGUACUGUAUUAACGGCUAAUUCAUUGGUUUUGACAGUGGACAUGACAUGACCCCUAAGCAUACUAACCCAUACAUUGAGUGCCCUUUGCAACCUUGGUGUAUGCAUGUUCAGCACUAUAGGUAAAAUGCCAACCCAUUGCAGUGACGGUGGUAGUCCAAAUCCGGGUACGGGAGUCCCCGAUGUGGCAUCGGAGGUUACACAUCUGAGAAAAAUGAUACACUAUCCGACAUAUGCAGAAUAUAACCACUUUACACCAUGUAACAGCACGGGACAUACCAUACUAUCGCAAUAUUUAGAAUAUAGGCGUGCUAAAUAUCGUACCAUGGAUGUUUUACAAAAGGAUGUAGAUGCAUGUUUGAUGGCAUACGACAUUGAAGUGGAUGUAGAGAGCCGAUUGCAAAAGGAAACCCAUGUAGAUGCUGAAGGAUAUAUUUUGGUAACACAAGGCCCAGCCCCUGUUAAAGCCCAUACAAGAAAAGAUAGAGAGCGUGGGCUCGGUACUAACAUUGCGGUAAUUGAUUUCUAUCGCUUCCCAAAUGAGGAACGCGAAAUAGCGGCGUGUCUAACAACAGACAAUGGUGGAGAAUGAUAUGUUGAACCUUGCGGUGGGACCAUAUUCCAUUUCAUGUUUGGCUAAUUACUCUAAGGAAAUCAUAAAAAUGUGUUGAAAUGUUUAACUCGUUUUUUAAAGCUGACUCAAAAUUACCUAAUCCAUUAUAUGAACCAAAUAGUCACAUCCCUUCUCAGUACCCUAACUACAUUACUAC